AUGGCAAUGUCCUUCCACGUCCGACGCCGUGCCAUGCCCUGCGUCCAUCCAUGUCCUGCGUCCUGCAUCAUAUCAUGGCAAUGUCCUUCCACGUCCGACGCCGUGCCAUGCCCUGCGUCCAUCCAUGUCCUGCGUCCUGCAUCAUAUCAUGGCAAUGUCCUUCCACGUCCGACGCCGUGCCAUGCCCUGCGUCCAUCCAUGUCCUGCGUCCUGCAUCAUAUCAUGGCAAUGUCCUUCCACGUCCGACGCCGUGCCAUGCCCUGCGUCCAUCCAUGUCCUGCGUCCUGCAUCAUAUCAUGGCAAUGUCCUUCCACGUCCGACGCCGUGCCAUGCCCUGCGUCCAUCCAUGUCCUGCGUCCUGCAUCAUAUCAUGGCAAUGUCCUUCCACGUCCGACGCCGUGCCAUGCCCUGCGUCCAUCCAUGUCCUGCGUCCUGCAUCAUAUCAUGGCAAUGUCCUUCCACGUCCGACGCCGUGCCAUGCCCUGCGUCCAUCCAUGUCCUGCGUCCUGCAUCAUAUCAUGGCAAUGUCCUUCCACGUCCGACGCCGUGCCAUGCCCUGCGUCCAUCCAUGUCCUGCGUCCUGCCAUACCCUGCGUCCUUCCAUGGCCAUGUCCUGCCACGUUCGACGCUAUGCCAUGGCCACGCCUUGCCAUGUCCUGCGUCCUGCCAUGUCCUGCGACGUCUGAUGCCGUGCCAUAG